ACGUGUAUUCAUAGGUUAAUGACAUUUAAUAAUUGAAAGAAUUUUGUAAUAACUGCUGUUUGCUGAUGUUUACUCGUUCUAUAACUUUCCGAUGUCCUUCGUUCCUUUUUGCAUUGUGAGAUGGCAUCCGGCGCUUCACGUCAGAGGCGAAUAACAAGAAUGUUGUAAUAACUGUGAAACUGUUCAUCCACGGAAUCAUCCACGGACACAAAGACUUAGACUGCGACAGAUAUUAAAAACUUCAUGUAAAGAUCAUCGGUUGCAUAACUUGGACGUCACAAGAGAGUUUCAUAUACAAAGGUUGCCAACAAACAACAUUUUUUCUCGCUAAGAUAUCACGUUCUAACUCCUGAAUAAAUUGGCUGUCUUUAGCCAGUACUUGCAGUUGAGUUCACAGUUUGAAAGCUGUCAACAUGGAAGAAGACACGGACGGUUCGUCCGUAGAAGAUGACAAGAACCAUGUUCUGUCCGUCGGCUCUACAUCCCGUGAUCUGCAGACGGCAUAUCUCAUCAUCAGCCUGGUGCUGUCGGUAGGAUGCGGCCUGCUGCUCAUCUUCCUGGUUUGGAAGAAAGAGUAUCUGCAAAAGCCCAGCCACUACCUGCGGUGUAACCUGGCGGUAGACGACAUCGUCUUCACCGGCUGCCUGAUUCCCGUCCGUGUCUACGCACUUUUCCGGCAAGACGCCAGCGGAGGACAGACGUGGUGCUCGACUGAAGCACUGGUUGCACCCGCAAGUGUGCUGUCCAUGUACGGUACAUACAUCAUGAUGGCAGUAGAUCUGUACUAUUUCGUGUGCCACCCCCUACACUACCAUGACAAAGUCACCACAAAACGCGUGGUCCUGGGUAUCCUGGCGUUCAGGGCCUUCUCCCUAUUCGGCGGACUAGCGCCUGUGGCCGUCGGAGGACUGCCCGAAUACAACCAGCGUUGUGAGUUUGAGCCUGCGAACAGUACUACCUUAUCUGCCAUCUUCAGAAGUGUGAACAUAGUUUUCAUGUUACUUGUUGUUCUCUCCGUCCUAGUGAUCUAUUCCCGAAUCUUCAAGGAGGCCAGAAGGCAACAGGAAAGGGACGAGAACCGUGACCUGUGGGUGUUCCAGACCAAGGCGUUCAAGGUGAUGGUGCCGCAUGCUACCGUUUUGACCGUUUGCAUGACCACUGCCGGCUUCCGCAUAGCCACGCACCGAGGUCUGAUCAGUGAGGAGCAAAUGUCGCAACAUGCCCUGAUCGUCACUGAACGUGUGGCCUUUCUCCUGUUCCUGACGCUAUCGUCCGUGGCCAACCCCAUCAUCUACAGCUUCCGGCUGCCAGAGUUCCGCCGAGCCUGCAGGGAGCUGUGCGGAUGGCCGACCAACGCCAACCCGCCGGUGGCGGUACCGACACGGCGGCAUCGCCAGGACGACACGGAGAUGGCCGUCUUCACCGGUCCUGGGCUGCGCGGUGGGCCGGCCUCCGAGUUGGCGCCAGCUCAAACCUCUCCAGAGGGCCUGAUCAUGCAUUCCACGGCGGGGGACAUGCCUUCCAACCAGGCACAGAAGCAGACAACACCGACAGACACCAUCCCAGGACCAGUGUCGGGGCACGCCGAGUCAACGCCACUUCCCGGACGGGAGGACGCGACCAUCCCAGGACCAGCGACUCGUGCAGGGUUCCGUGGCCGUGAGACAGUCUCAGGACCAUCGGUCCGGCUAACGGUGAGGGCAGAGGUGCACGCCGAGCCGAGGCCACGUCCCGGACAGGAGGACGCAACGGUAAACCUCCCCGGACAAGUAUACACAGACGCCGAAGAAGAAGACGUCCCUACACUAACGCUGGACACAGAGAUCGACGAGGCAACAGCAGGACACACUUUGGACCGUCCACCAUCGUAUCGGACAUUGGCAGGGGAGUAAGAUGAUACAAACCAGCACAAGAAAGGCAAACCCUAAAGAAGAUCUAGAGUUGGCGUUUUCUCGACUAUCCACAGGGAUAUUCGGAGGUAGGCUUGUUUUUAUCGAUCUUUAAGAUUUGUUCAUUUACUUGACACUGAAAGACAGAAUGCUAUUCCACAAUCCUGAUCCAUGCAACUUGGAACUGCAAUUGUUGGCUUUCCUUAACAUAAUGUUGUAAUGCUUUGGUACGAGUAAUACGUAUCAUUGGCCUCAUUACAAAAAAAAAGUUUUGGACCAUCUUAAAUUACAUAUUUAAGCAGUUAUACCUUUGCAGACUCCCGCACAUUCAAAAGAGUUCAUUCUUAAAUCCAAAUCCUAUUUGUUCCGUUAGCCCUUACUCUCAGUUAGUCGAGCUUGUCUCGAAAAUUGAUGUUUCUGACUUAAGGAGAGAAGAUUCCGACCGUAAUUAGUUAAAUGCCUAGGAGUGGUCGAUAGCCUUGCACUGAGGAAAUGUGUAAAAACACUCCAGAGUAAUUGUGUUGUGUAGGGGUCAUGCUUGUUGAUAGCACUUUUACGAUUCCUAGAUUUUAGUGUUUCCGGUUCUGUCUGGUUAUAGUGAAAAUUUACUGAGAAGUUCAAUGUGUAUGCUCACUAAAAACUUUAGGUGAUGUACAAAUAUAUGUAGGAUUGCGUACAUGUUUUUGUCGUUGGCCAUUAAUGAUUGUCCCAUGUCCAGUUCAAUGUGUAUGUGUCAAAAUGUAGUGAGUGACCAGUCCCUCAGACUUAAACUAAAUAUGUUUAAGAGUCAUUUCACGAGAAAACCAGGCAAAAUCAGGCAGAGGUCGGAAGAUGGGGGUCGGUCAAAUCGGCUCAAACUUUGUAUGGAUAAUACAUGUAUGCA